UCGGCCUCUCGCGCGCGCAAUGAGCGCCAGCGCGGAGGCUCGCGGGCCACGGCCGGGAGUCGGAGUCGGAGUCGUGGUGACCAGCAGCAGUCAUCCUCGUUGUGUCCUCCUAGGGAAGAGGAAAGGGGCGAUUGGAGCUGGACGUUUCCAACUUCCCGGGGGCCAUUUGGAGUUUGGUGAGAGUUGGGAAGAAUGUGCUCAAAGGGAAACCUUGGAAGAAGCUGCUCUUUACCUGAAAAAUGUUCGCUUUGCCUCAGUUGUGAAUUCUUUUGUUGAGAAAGAGAAUUACCAUUAUGUCACUAUAUUAAUGAAAGGAGAGGUGGACAUGACUCAUGAUUCAGAACCAAAGAAUGUAGAACCUGAAAAAAAUGAAAGUUGGGAAUGGGUUCCUUGGGAAGAAUUUCCUCCACUAGACCAACUUUUCUGGGCACUACGAGGUUUAAAGGAACAAGGCUAUGAUCCAUUUAAAGAAGAUUUGAACCAUCUGGUAGGAUACAAAGGCAGUCAUCUCUAGGUGACCAAGAAGAUUUCUUGAUAUUUUUAAAAGACAGUAAUAACAUCUGGCUAGGGAUUGAAAAAUAUCUACGUUUCACAAUUCCAUUUUAUGUAAAAAGUUCUUUAUGAUUUAUCUGUUGCCUCUUAGUAUACUCACCACCUUUUCAGUCAGUACUGAAAUAUGUCCCUGAAUUGUAUUACAGACACAGAGGAGACGAUUGUGACAUUGUGGUUAACCUCCUUUCCAUGUUUAUCUCUGAUGUUUACUGUGCAGUUUGUCAUUACCGGUUUGUAUGGGUAGGGAUAAUAGAAUUUGCCUUCAUGUUUCACUUCAAACAUAGAUGCUAAUUCAAAUAAUAUAAUUCAAAUUUAAAGACAGUAUGUCUGAUGCAGAAUUUGUUGUGUUUGUUAAUUUACCUCUUUUUUAAAAAAAUUGAGAGGGGGGUGUUAAUACAUUGUGGCAGUCUUUGCAAGUAGAGGGAACAGAAUAGGCCAUUAGGGUCUGUUUUCUAGCUUUCUGAUGAGCACCUAAGCCAAGAGAAGUGAGACAAACCAUCUAUGGCCUGUAUCCUACCGUUACUAGGUCAUGUGAUUUUGGUUUUCUCACUUACUCUGAGAUCUAGCGUCCUAAAUGUAUAAUGAGGAGACUGACUAAAGCAGUGGUUCUCACUGUGUGGUCUGGGGGAGGGAGUCCUUAAGAGCCUUUCAGAGGUACUCAGGAUCAAAGCUGUUUAUAAUUCUGAGGUUUAAUUUAUCUUUUUCACUUUCACCCUUUCCUGAGUGUGCAGUUUUCAGAGGCUGCCUGAUGUGUGAUACUAUAACAGACUGAAAGCAGAAGCAGCUGUGAGAACCCAGCUGUAUUCCAUUAAGUCAAAUAUUAAAGAGAUUUGCAAAAAAC